AUGCUUCGUGAGGAGUUCGUGCAGUGCAGUUCAGUUCUUGCACAACCAAGACACGAAUUGAGUUCCCGCAGAGCAAACGAGGUGGAUCCGAUCAGUCCCACGGAAGAUGCUCAUGUCGAGCGCAUAGUAUGGGCAGGUCAGUUGCAGCUUAUCCUACAGGAGACCCUUGGUCUAGCCGAAGUAUUGCUAAGCGACCUGCCCGGCUACGCCAGAUUCCAUAAGGUAUGUUCUUUUUCAUGUAUGAUGCACUUUGUAAAUGCAACUUAA